AUCUUACAUCAGGAUCACUGACUUCCAAUAUCGUAGGGACGUUUAUAGCAUGUCCCUGAUUGAGGUAGGAUACCAAUAACAGGGCAAAGUCUAUCACGAGUGGACCCGAGGCCACCGUUGUUGUGACUCACCCAACUGAGAAACACUCCUAUUUCACAAUAGAGGAUUAGAGGGACAAUGAACGAGUCAUGGAAGCUGAUAAUUCUACAAUUAAUAGCAGUGGGGUCUCAAGCAAGCCCUCUGACGUAGCAGACCACACUGAAUAUGCUUCUUCUCCAGCUGAGCAAACCACACAGUGCCAGGAUGUUAAAUUUGAAGGUCAGCACAAGAGGGCGGUAUCUCGUUACAUUACAGUUGAAGUACCUCUCGCCCUAACAGUUCUCACGUAUCAACUGAUAGCAACAAUGAAGGCUGAAUAUCUCCACGAUCGACUCUCAGCGAAAUACAAUCAUUCGCUGAUCCACAAUAGCUCAGCAUCGACGUGUGGGCCAAGCACAAAUUUAAACGAAAGCCAUAUCGGAGAUAUGAUUCAGGCUGAAACCUCCACAUGGCUUCUCUACCUGGGUCUAGCGUAUUCCAUCCCGGGUGUCUUCAUGGCUAUUCUUGUCGGUUCCCUGAGCGAUACCUUCGGCCGCAAACCUGCUCUGUGUCUGAACAUCAUAGGGAGCUGUCUACUAUCCACGGUAUACCUAUUCAUCGUCUAUUACCAAGCGCCGGUCGAGUACCUGCUGAUAGGAGACUUUAUCUCCGGCGUGACCGGAGGUCAAGCCUUGCUUCUGUCGACCGGUGCGGCUUAUGUAGCGGAUGUGACGUCAGAAAAGUCCAGGACGCCACGAAUCAUCUUUCUCGAGACAAUAUUCUUCAUAGGUAUGGGUGCAGGGCAGAUCUCCCUUGGAACGGCAUUGCAGUACAGUCCGGAUCACUCGUUCAGAAAGUACCUAGCACCACUAUGGCUGGCUCUUGGUUGCGCCCUAGCGUCACUUGUGUAUACCGUUCUUCCUAACGUCCUGAUAGAAACGGUGGAUAGACGGAAUAGAAGAAAAAGUGUGGGAGUAAGGGUGUUGGUAUCUGGGAUUGUUGAUAUAAUCAGGAUAAACAACAAUGGCAGGCGAUUAAAGGUGAUAAUGUACACGGUUGUCAUGAUUUGCAUAGUCAUUACAGCCAAGUGCCAGUCGCAAUUAACUAUAGUAUACAGUCUCGGGGAACCGUUCUGUUUCAACCCUCUGAUGGUUUCUAUUCUGACCGUCGUUGGUUUAUCAAUCCAAGCUCUUGGUAUGAUAUUCAGCGGUGCUGUCCUAGGUCGUAUUUUGAGUGAGAACUGGAUUCUUCAGCUAAGUUUCUGGAAUACCGGACUUUUUUUUCUUAUCGUUGCUCUAGCACAAAAAGGUUUUCAAUUAUUUAUAGCUGCCGGUAUCGGGGUGUUUGGCGCCAUAUGUUUCCCUGUCGUACGAUCACAACUCUCCAAGCUAGCUAGUGAACAUGAAAGAGGUCUGAUGUUGGCGUUUGUCGGAUGCAUGGACAGUAUAGGGACCUUAUUGACACCCAUCAUCCUGAAUAAUAUUUACUCAGAGACCGUCUCGUUUUAUCCACCUUUGGUCUUCUUCUUCAGUGCAGCGUUUGAGAUCAUCCCUACCGUCUGCGUCGGUAUCCUACAGUGCAGGCAUAGAAGAGAAGUUAAAUAUCACGUGAUCAAUAGGGAGAACAUUGAAGAACACAGUGAAGCACAAUGACGUCACAAAGCAAUCAAUCGGACAUCUGGCAAUGUGUCGUGAUCGACGUUUACUUUUUUUCGCAAUGGAAAUCUACAAUAACGCCAAUUAACUUGUUUUGUUACGCAAUGGAAGUGUCACCGAAUGAAGUGGACUUUUCGUGUCUAAACGGACGGGGGUAUAUAUAUGGUGGCUCCUAAGGGACACGCAAACGCAAAAAUUUGACGUAUAUCUAUGCAACAUAUUUUUCGUUUUUUACGUUCAAGACGUGAAAAUCCACAAAAUUGACGUAUACCUUUGCCUGGUAAUUGUUUUCGUUUGUCUGUACUCAAUGGCCCUGAAGGGACACGCAGACAUGAAAAUCUGCGUCCGAUAUUCACGUCUGCGUCUCCCAAAAGGGACGCGCAGACGUGAAUAUUGGACGCAGAUUUUUUCUUCUUCACGUUUUGGACGUAAACAGACAAUAAAACCCUUGCA